CCUACUCAAAGUACUAUAAAUACAAUACAAAUUUAAAAGAGAAAAAAAUGGCUUUUAUUGAAGAAAGUUGAAAUGGGAAAGUUCCAAACAACCCUUCUCCGUCAAAUCGAUUCCUGCAAAUCAAGUUUCUCAACCGCCGAUGAAAUCGUCAACCAUCUUCGUUCAACUUACUCCGAUUACCACCACAAUGAUUAUCCAUCACUCCUUCAGUUAGUUCAGAACGCUCUUCCGGCUACUCACACCACCACCAAUCAAUCUUCUCGAAAGAGACAUCGCAUUCAUCAAUCUGAAACUUCUACUUCCCCUCAUUUUGCUCCCGAGAGUGGCGGCGAGAAAGCUGUUAACGGCGCCGGUGGUGGUGGUGGUGGUGGUGAGAAAGAAACUUCUACUUCCCCUGAUUUUGCUCCCGAGAUGUGCGGCGAGAAAGCUUCUAACGGCUCCGGCGGUGGUGGUGGUGGUGGUGGUGGUGAGAAAGAAACUUCUACUUCCCCUGAUUUUGCUCCCGAGAUUAGCGGCGAGAAAGCUUCUAACGGCGCCGGCGGUGGCGGUGGUGGUGGUGGUGAGAACGAAACUUCUACUUCCCCUGAUUUUGCUCCCGAGAUUAGCGGCGAGAAAGCUUCUAACGGCGCCGGCGGUGGUGGUGGUGGUGGUGGUGAGAAAGAAACUUCGAUUUCCCCUGAUUUUGCUCCCGAGAGCAGUGGUGAGAAAGCUGUUAACGGCGCCGGCGGUGGUGGUGAGAAAGAAACUUCUAAAACUUCUCCAAAGAGACGUAAGAUUGCUGAAUCUGAAUCUGAAUAUGAUUAUGAUGAUUUUGAUGAUGAUGAUGAUGAUGAUGAUGCUUAUGAUGAUGAUGAUGAAAGAAUGCAAAAUGUGGAAUCGACGAGCAAGGGAAUUUCGUCUGAGUAUUCUUCCGAUAACGGAGACAGAGUAGUGUCAAAGACAGAAAUGAAACGGGGACAACCGGUUAAGUUAAUGCAGUUUUGGACCGGUGGUAGUGUCGGUGUUGGUGGUGGUGAUGGAAAGAAGAAAAUGAAGGGGACUAUGUUUAAGGAUUUAGUUGGAAAUGAGAUGAAGAAGAUAAUUAAAGAAUUGAAGAUAACUGUGAAAUUACUGCGUCAGCCUGAAUUGAUUAGAGAGUAUGGAAUGAAACUGAAAAGAGGAAUUUUGUUACAUGGUCCUCCUGGUUGUGGAAAAACUAGACUUGCUCAUGCUAUUGGGAAUGAAGCUGAAGUUCCAUUUUAUCCUAUUUCUGCUACUGAUGUUAUUACUGCUGUCCCUGGUGGAUCUGAAGAAAAGCUUAGAGAGCUUUUCGCUAAAGCAAAAAGGACGGCUCCAUCAAUUAUCUUUAUUGAUGAGAUUGAUGCAAUUGCUUCAAAACGAGAGGAUUUAAAGCGACAGGUGGAUUCACGAAUCGUGACACAGUUAUUAACUUGCAUUGAUGGAGAUGGUUAUUCAGGGAGUUCUGAUAAACCUACUGGUUAUGUUCUUGUAAUUGGAGCCACAAAUAGGCUCGAUGCUGUUGACUCUGCUUUGAGAAGGCCUGGUCGUUUUGAUCGAGAAAUUCUUGUUGGCAUUCCUGAUGAAUCUGCCAGGGAGGAGAUCCUUGUCCUGCACACACGAAAUUGCAGUCAUAAGCUUGACGAUUCGAUUGAUCUGCGAAAAAUAGCCAGGUCCACGCCAGGAUUUGUUGGUGCUGAUUUAGAAGCUCUUGUUGGCGAAGUUAGCGAACUGGCAUUUCAGAGGGUAAUGGAUGAAAUGGAACAUGAAUCACAUAAUGAUCUCAUGAGUGAUGAUGAAGGCCGGUGGAAGGAACAUUGGCCACCCCAACAAAAAAAUAAAUUUGCAAUCAAAAUGUCUGAUUUUGAGGAAGCAGCCAAAAUGGUGCAACCUUCGUUAACAAGAGAAGGAUUCUCUCCCAUUCCUGAUGUUAAAUGGGAAGAUGUUGGUGCACUUGAUCAUGUAAGAGAGGAGUUUGAUCAACACAUUCUAAAGCGCAUAAAAGACCCUGACAUUUAUGAGGGACUUGGGUUGAAUUGUGACACGGGUUUUUUGCUUUACGGACCUCCAGGUUGUGGUAAAACACUGAUUGCCAAAGCUGUUGCCAAUGAAGCGGGAGCUAAUUUCAUUUAUAUUAAGGGUCCCGAGCUUCUAAAUAAAUAUGUUGGAGAAAGCGAGCAUGGAGUCCGGAAAUUAUUUGAUCGUGCAAGAGCAUGUGCACCAUGUAUACUUUUUUUUGACGAGGUGGAUGAUUUGUCAACAAAACAUGUUAAUGAAGGAGGUACACGGGUUAUUGAAAGAGUGCUCAAACAGUUGCUUGUUGAGUUAGACGGUGCAGAGCAACGCAAAGGUGUUUUUGUGAUUAGUGCAACAAAUAGGCCUGAGGUGAUGGACAGUGCUCUCCUACGGCCGGGUAGAUUUGGUAAUCUUAUUUAUAUUCCUCUUCCAAGUCCAGACGAUCGUGUUUCGAUAUUGAAAGCUCUUGCAAGGGGUAAGGAAACGCUUGCAAGGCGUGAUCAAACUCGUGCAAGGUUUAAGCUUAUGCCAAUUGAUGCUAGUGUGGAUUUGUGCGCCAUUGCAAGAAUGAAAGCUUGUGAAAACUUUAGUGGCGCUGAUCUUGCAGCAUUGAUGGACAAAGCAAUAUUGGCUGCUCUUGAACAGAAGCUCACCACAACCGGGGAAAAAAGUGAUACAUUGACUGUCAAGGCUAGGCAUUUUGAGGUAGCACUGAGUAAACUAUCUCCCUCUGUGUCCGAAGAGCAAAGGAAGCACUAUCAGCGACUUUCAAAGAACCUUAAAGCAGCGUGAGAAGCACGGGCAGAAAUAAAAAAGGAAACAAGUUUAGGGAUGUCAAUGGGGGAGAGAACUGGAUGGCCAGAAAUGACUUACGUAAUUGUAAAAGUUUAGGGAUGUGAACCAGUUGUAACUUGAAGAAAAUUCUAAUUCUAAUCAUUUUAGUCCAAAAAAAAAGGUCUUAAUUGCUUUAUUGUCUUAAUUGC